GUUUAAAUGAGUUUCCUCAUUCUCACACUCUGUGUCAGUGACGUUCAAUCUCUCCCUUCCAUUCAACAUCAGCUGUUUCUCUGUCAAACGAUCGAACAGGAUACCGCAUAAUGUUAUCCGCAAAACCUACCACCCAAGAGACAAACUACAAUAUUGACAUCGGAGGUAUGAGACUUAAGUACAAAGACAAAAGCGAGACUUUUACCGAGGACCAUCUCGUAAGCAAGGAACCUAUUGGCCAAUUCAAAGCAUGGUUCGAGGAGGCUUGUAAAACGCCGCAAAUUUUUGAAGCGAAUGCCAUGUUUCUUGGCACAGCUACCAAAGAUGGAAUUCCGUCGGUUCGAGCAGUAUUACUUAAGGGUUAUGGUACUGAUGGGUUCAAAUUCUACACAAACUACGAGAGCAGAAAGGGUCGCGAACUAGCUGAGAACCCGAAUGCUGCUCUAACAUUUUACUGGGAACCUUUGAGACGAGGCGUGCGUGUUGAGGGCAAAGUGAAGAAAACGUCGGCCGAAGAUUCGGAUCAGUAUUUUAACAGUCGGCCAUAUCCUAGUCAGAUAGGGUCCAUGGCUAGCAAGCAAAGCACCGUGAUAGCAAGCAGACAAACGCUCAUGGUAAAAGAAAGGGAAUUAACAGCCCAGUUUCCGGAAGGACAAGUUAAAAGGCCGGAGUGGUGGGGCGGUUACAUCGUCGUUCCACAUUCUGUGGAAUUCUGGCAGGGUCAAAGCGAUCGUUUACACGAUAGAAUUCGUUUUCGACGACCAAAACCAAAGGAAAAAAUUGAUAAUGUACUCGUUCAUCAGGGAGAUAAUGGAUGGGUUUAUGAAAGACUAUCUCCAUAAAAAUUUGCUAAAUUAAAAAUAUUUAUUUUAUAUAAAUGUAAAUGUACAAUGGUUCUUUGUUAGGUGAACAGAUAAUAGCAAGAGGUGGUGGAUAAGACUACAACCGUUAUAUCCUUGUUAUCUUCAAGAUUUCUCUUUGCAAUCCUAGAAUAUGUUUAUAAUUGUUGUUGAAAUACUUAGGAAAAUAUAUUUACUGUAUAACAAA